AAGCGAGAGGAAGGAGAGGAAGGAGAAGGGCUUCGGAGCUCGGGUUUUUAGGGUUAGGGUUAGGGAUUGAGAUUGGGGCGCUGGAAGUAUGGGAAGAGGGAGGGUGCAGUUGAAGAGGAUCGAGAACAAGAUCAAUAGACAGGUCACCUUUUCCAAGAGGAGAUCGGGGCUUCUCAAGAAGGCGCACGAGAUUUCCGUUCUUUGUGAUGCCGAGGUCGCCCUUAUCGUCUUCUCCACAAGGGGCAAGCUCUAUGAGUACUCUACUGAGUCACGCAUGGAUAAGAUCCUUGAUCGUUAUGAGCGUUACUGUCAUGCUGAAAAGGAACUCAUGGUUGGUGACCCCAAGUCUCUGGGAAGCUGGUCUCAUGAAUAUGGAAAACUGAAGGCCAGGAUUGAAGUCAUACAGAAAAGCCAAAAGCAUCUCAUGGGUGAAGAACUUGAAUCUUUGAAUCUGAAAGAACUUCAACAACUGGAGCAACAGCUUGAGGGUGCUCUAAAAAAUAUUAGGUCAAGAAAGAACCAUCUUCUAUUUGAUUCAAUUGCUGAACUCCAGAGAAAGGAGAAGACACUGGAAGAGCAAAAUAAUAUUUUGGAGAGAAUACUCAUUGAGAAGCAAAAGGCUGCUGGAGUAUCCCAGCAAAGAGAAGGAGAACAACAGCCAGCAAAUCCUCAAACUAGCUCUUCUUCUCCACCUCCAUUCUUGGUGCAAGAUGCUCUCCCAACAACCCUAAAUAUUGGUACAUACCAUGCGAUGGCUGCUACCGAAGAAAAACCGCCGCAGCCUCUCACUCAGUCGAACAGCAAAACAUUACCGGCAUGGAUGAUCUCGCAUAUGAAUCGCUAGAUGAUGAUGAUUAUGAUGACGACGAUGAUGAUUAUGUGCUUUCUCUUUGUCCUCCCAUCAGCAAUUUUGUGUUUUUUUUGUCUCUCUCACCAUCAUCAAAUAACAGCAAAGCUACUAAUGGCAACUAGUUCAUCCAAGCCCCCAAAACAACAUUGUAAACUAUGCUAUGCUAAUAUCUAUAUAUAUAUAUAUAUAUGAUCAUAAUAUUCUCCCUUGAGAUUUCUAGAGGGUAGGGCCUUCUUUAUGUUUGUCUUCUUUGCUAAGUGCCUAAAUAUACAUUGUUAAUUCAUAGAGCUGACUUUGGAGGCUGAUGGAUUUGCAAUGAACCCUUCAUUUUGUUGUGUAUGUAUAUAUGUCUAUAUAUGUAUUUUUAUGUGAUGUA